UGAAAUAUUUGCCAUUCGGAGUGCAGUGUUUGUGAAGGCGUAGUUCUGUUGUUUUUAUUUUUCGCAUUAAAAUUUAUACGAAAUGCUGAAACCGAAAGCUUUAACACAGGUCCUUAGCCAGGCUAACACUGGAGGAGUGGAAAACACGCUCUUACUUAGCCAGGAAGGAGCUCUUUUGGCAUAUUCUGGAUACGGCGAUAAGGAUGCCAGGAUUACGGCUGCCAUAGCCAGUAAUAUAUGGGCAGCCUACGAAAAGCACGGAAGAAAUGCCUUCCGCGAAGACCGUCUUACAUUUGUCCUGAUUGACUGUGAAAAUGGACAUGUGGCCAUUACACAGGUUGCCAGUGUGUUACUCUGUCUGUACGCCAAGCAAACUGUGGGACUGGGUCUUUUGAAGCAAAAGGCCAUGUCACUAGCCUCAUAUUUGGAGCGACCUCUAAAGCAGAUCUCGGCGUCAUAAAGAUAAUAAGAUGAAAUACCAUACUUGGAACUGAAUACGUUUAUAAGUGUAUCAAUUAAUAUUGAAUUAAAUAAGUGAAUAGUCUUUUCAAAA